AUGCAAGUCCCACCCAUCAUCCAAAAACUGCUCUCCCCCUUCCCCCUUCACACCUACCCUCCAAUACUCCCUCCGUGCCAAUCCAACACACACCCGACACCCUGUCUAUGGAUUCAUCCCCCACACUCGCCCGACGGCGUCCUCAGCUCCGACGUCGAGUGCCUCAAAUGGCAAGCCUACCUUGCUCUGCGAGGCCUUGAUCGCAUUGGCGUGCGUACCGACGUUGACCCACAAGGUGCUAUUGACGGGCAGCUUCCAAAUUUGUGGGAUGGUGAGAAGUUGUUGGCGGCGAGGGAGUUGCCUGCCUGGGUGGACAUCAAGGCGAACAUUGACAGCGAUGACGGGCUGGAAGACUACAAAGACGAGGCGUCACGGGAUGAGAGUCGGGCAUGGGUCGCGUUGUUGGAGGGAUGCGUGCACGCUGCGCUGAUCGUCGUUCAACCGACGCCGACGCCGUUCUCCCUGGCGGAAAUCAAAUCCCGCCCAAUCGAGUCCAUCCUCACACCACCCCCGCCCCCACUAUCAGGCCUCACAUCCCUUUUCCCGCCAUUUGGUACACGUAUCCCCCGAGAAGCCAUCCAGUCGCGUUACCGCGAGGCUAUUGGGGCGCUCUCCGAGAGGCUGGGCACUGACAAGUGGUUCUUGUCGUCCGAGGCCCCAACACCACUCGACGCGCUCGUCUUUGCAUAUUUGCACUGUAUACUGCAUUCGAAAGACUCGAUGCGCAUUGAGGUGACGCGCAGGGUGAAUCUGGUUGCAUGGGAGUGGAGGGUGAGAGGACUGGUUAGGGCAGCGUUUAUACCGAGGCGGUGAUCGAGGUCAUUGCGCAAUGAUAUUGGUCCCUACAGUGCAAGGUCCACAAGGUUCUGGCUGUUCUUCCGUCAUUUCCAGUGAGGUCGACAGGGCAGAGUUUGGAAUCACUCACGACAUUUCUGUCCCUCUGUGCGAUCGUCGUUGACUUCCCACCACAAUGUCCACACAUUCUGAGGCCCUCGUUGGUGAUGUCAAGAGCUCAUGCUUGAAAUCUCGGUUGGCACUGAUGACAGAGUAGAAAAUGACACUACGCAUUGUAUGAAUACGCUUAUCCUGCCAAAUGAUCAAGCAAGAGAUUCGGACUGAAAGGAUCUGCUUCUUAUCAAU